AUGCAGGGCGAGACUCCAGCGCAGACCGUCAGCUCCCUGGGCCAAGCCCUGCGAGCUGUGGGCGGGCUGACCAAACCGAGUGGUCGAGGAUUGUUCAUGUUCCAGUGCCUGCUGGCCGGGAGCUCGACAGCGGUCAUCAUCGGCCUGUUUGGGGCGACAGUGCUGGGUUACGCCUUCACGGCCGGCGCAGUCGGGUUCCUGGUCGGCUCCUGCAUGGGUUUUCUCCUGGGCAGCAUCGGGUAUUAUCGAACAUGCUGCCGUCAGAGCUUGAUCGCUUUCAUCAGGUAUCCCGAGCUCAUGAGACACCACAUCGAUAUCGAUUUCGGCAUGCAUGGCGUAGAGAAAGCCUCGCGGUUACGGGGCGCAAGUGUGCAGAAGACCGUGCAGGAGGUCCGGAGUGAUGUGGCGCUCCAGGGGAUGUUGGUUGCCGCCUGGCACUCGGCUGUGCCGGCUAUCGAGGAUAUUCAGAACCAAGAGGAGGCUCGGCUGGUAUCUAAUCAGGAGGGCCAAACAUGCAAGACAUGACAACCAACCGCGUUCGACAUGACGCAAUGAAUAAAUAGGGGCUUGCAGUAUAUCUACAACACAAAAGCAGCUACGAUACGGUCUGCCACCACGGUAUGGGGUGUUUCAUGAGAAAGGAUUCGAAGAUGAGACUUGUGCUGAAUACAAGCGGAGAUGGGGUUAAGAUCAAUCAUGCUCCAUCCGAACUUGAGACAGCAGACCUUAAUCGAGGCGCCGACUCUGGGUACGGAACUGAGUGUAUCCAAUCAUCCAUUGAAAUCAUGGUGGGUAGGGGGAGGUUGUCAUGCCAGCCUUGCCCUGAAUCCGAUAAGCACUAGGGAGAUGGGUGGAUGCCGUAGCCGCCCUACGGAGCCACUACUACUACUAUACAUCGCGCUUGCUUUACUGGAUGCAUGACCACGUCACCCCUGUAAAUGUGUUUACACAAUGC